AUGUUGGGUAUCAAAAGAUCAACGACAACGUUGAUAUCUUUGAAUAGCUCACAUAACUUGGCAUUAUCAACAUCAAUACGAUCAUUUGUUACACAGCAUCUACAACAUCAAUCAUGGACGACUACUCAUACAUCUACAUCGACAUCGACAUCGACCUCGACCUCGACCUCGACAACAACAUUGAUCAAUAACUCACAAACAUACUCAUAUUCACAACUUGUGAGACAUUGUACGACGACAACUUCGACGACUCCGCCAACGCCAUCAGCACCCACAUCGACGACGACACAGCCAACAACAUCAACAUCAACAUCAACAUCUGAUCUUGACGAGAUCAGAAAGCACCUCAAUCAUCUGCGCCAGGUCGAGAGUAUCGCCAAGAAACACACGGACUUCAUCACUGAACUACGCGAGGAUAUUGGACAGCUAAUCGAAGCCAAUGAGAGACUCUUGGAGAGGCCGCAUCUCCAUCACCUGGGCAAACUGAUACCCGAAUUGUUCAGCGAGCAGCAGCUGAAGGAAUUGGAGUCCUACAUCGAGAACAAUCAACAGAAACCCUCCGAGAUGUACAGGGAGCUGCGUUCGCAGGGCCAUAGAGAGGUCGUUGAAACGGCCAACAUUCUUAAGAGGCUCUCCAGCUACUUUAAUAAGAAGUUGGUGCUUCCAACUUCGGAUAUUCAAGAGAGAGCAGUGAAUGAGGUUGUUGUCAAGGAUAUUGAGUUGCCGACGCAAACAAAGAUAUAUCCUCCCAAGCCUUUGGUGAAGGGUCAGCAGCAGCCAGGUGUCGCCGACACUCCAGAAUCAACUACAGAUGCCAAUCCAGAAGAGACUGAGGAGGCCUCCAUUCAAUCGCAACAGAGACAACUACAACAACAAUUGGUCAUGCAACAACAGAUGCUACAGAGUCUGUUACAAAUCCAACAACCACAGACACAGACACAGACACAGCCACAGACAAAGGAUGGAAAGGCACAGUCGUCAAUUGAGGACGUAGAUGAUAUUAUAAAGAAGGCGAAGCAAAAGUCAGUGCAACAGGAACAGCAACAGCAACAACAACUACAAUUACAACAACAACUACAACAACAACAACAACAUCUACAACAACAACAACAACAACAUCUGCAGAAACAACUGCAACAACAAUACCAAGAGAUGAAGAAAAAGAAGAAGGUGGAAGAAGUAAUAAUAAUAGAGGAUGAAGUGGAAGUGGAAGAGAAAGAGAAAGAGAAGGAUGAAGAGGAACAGGAACAGGAACAGCAGGCCGAAGGAACGACAUACUCUCCACUGCUGCCAGAGUUUUACCUUCAGAAGCAACAGAAGCUGCAGAAGAUGCAGCAGCAGCAGAAGAUUCAGAAGCAACAACAUAUAAAUCCUCUACAACAACAACAACAGAUCGCGCAGCAACAAGCCCAGCAGCAAUAUAAUCAAUCCAAGCAGCAGUCCUCAAGGGCCAUCCGCAUCGAGAAGCAACAGCAGCCCGAUCAGGCGAUGUCACAACAACAACAACAGGACAAGCAACAACAGAUGGUGCAAAGAAUGCAUCAGCAACAUCAGGAGAAGCAACUACAGCAGCAACAGCAACAGCAACAGCAACAGGAUCAGCCGCGUACUCAACGCCCGCCAAGGGAGGCCGCUUACAAGAAGAGUCCAGAUCAGCUGCGAUACCUGAGCGAGUCAAUUACCCUCCCCAAGGUUGGUCAUUGGAGAUCCAUCAAGCUACAGGAGAAUACACUGGCCACGCCAAUUCCAUCGACACCAAAUGAGCCCGAGAAGCAGGACACACACUCGCGCUACCAGUCCGAGCAGGCCGGCCAGUCAGCGAGCAGCCUGGCCGACUUGCUGAGCAUCCGCAACCUCGCCAUCCUUGCAUCAAUCGCCGGCGCCCUGUUCCUCUACGAGGACUUUGCCAAGAUGGUUCGCGACAGCAGUCCGUGGCGUGGACUGCGCGUGAUGGUAACAGGCAUCAAGGUCACCAUCUACUACAAGUACUACCUGUACGGCCUGGAACGCACGGACAAGGCAUUCGCCGAACAGCUCAAGAUCGCCAACAAGAAGGCAUCGGAUGCCAUCGUUGAGCUGUGCAAGCAGAACAAGGGAGUCUUUAUCAAGUUUGCCCAGAUCCUCGCUUCACUCGACCACCUGCUGCCACGCGAGUACACUUCGGCCUUGGCCGCCUUCCAAGACCAUGCCCCAUACGAGCCCUUCGAAGAGGUGGUUCGUCUAUUCAAGGAGGAGACUGGCAAGCAUCCAGAUGAGAUCUUUGAGGACUUCCACAGAGAACCAAUAGCAAGUGCAUCAUUGGCACAGGUACACAAGGCCAAGUUAAGGCUGCCAAAUGGUGAGACAAGGGAGGUGGCCGUCAAGGUUCAAUAUCCAGACCUGACAAGUCGAUUCGAGAAGGACCUCCAAUCGAUAUUCAAUGUCAUGCUAUACAUCAACUGGAUAUUCCCAAGGUUCGAGUUUGGAUGGCUGUUGCCAGAGGCUGAGCUAUGCCUGACACAGGAAUUGGACUUUGUUAAUGAGGGCAGGAACUCGGAGAAGAUCGCAUCGAUGUUCACUCACAAUAAGCAACUCCACAUACCCAAGGUUUAUUGGGAGCAGACAAGCACGAGAAUCCUGACGAUGGAGUUCAUACAUGGUGUGCGCAUUGACGAUAACAAGGGUCUGGCGCGACUUGGCGUCGACGCCAACCAGGUUUACUCGCUGUUCUCCGAGGUGUUUGCCGACCAGAUCUUUGUGCAUGGAUUCCUGCACAGCGAUCCACAUCCCGGCAACAUCCUGGUGCGUCGCAUGCCAAACAGCAGCAGCAGCAGGCCCCAGAUGGUGCUCCUCGAUCACGGCCUUUACAAGCAGAUCGACGAGACUGUGCGUCUCAACUUCUGCAUGUUCUGGAAGGCACUGUGCACUGGCGAUGCCAAGGCCAGCGAGCACUAUGCACGCGAGCUUGGCGCUGGCGAGUACUCCAAGUAUCUCGGCAAUCUACUCAAUCUCAGACCAGAGAACUCCAGGGAGAAUCUAAGGAUCAUGAAGCGCGAGCUUGGCGACAAUGCAAUAGUGGCCAUCACAGAUAUCCUUAAGAAUCUACCCAAGGAAAUAUUACUCGUACUCAAGACAAACAACUUGAUCAGACAGAUAACUACACACUUCAAGAUUGAGAAUGGAUAUAUGAUCAUGGCCAGGUCAUGCAUCAGGGGUAUCUACAAGUCGAACAAUAUCUUCUCCAAGUUGAGCUACUAUCUUCAUCUUGCAUUCUUCAACAUUGCCAUGCGACUCAUGGGCAGGUUGAGAAAGCAAACUGUUGAUACUGCUACUGCACAAGCUUCAAUGUCUCCACAUCAUUAA